UGACUGGUAUGGCAUUCGAAUUUUGUCACUUAAAGUUUUGUUUACGCCUCUUGUUUUCUGAUAAUUUUUGGGAAUAUUCCCAUACAUAUGCUUGCAUGUGUUAAUGUGUGUCAGAAAAAUCGAUAUAAUUUUUUGCACCCUGUCGUGUGCGACCUAAUUUUUUUUAUGGUGGAUUAGAAAUUUAAAAUUACGUUAUAAUUUAUGAAAUUUGGGUUGCACACGACAGGGUGCAAAAAGUUAUAGCGUUUUGAAGUUACCAUUACAAGAUGGCUAGAAUUCAAAUUUUUCAAAUUUUUUAAAUUUUAGAAUUUAGUUUAUAGUGCCUACAACAACUUUUAGGUUUAGGUAAACCUUCCCAAAAUUACGUGACACCCAGUGCAUCAAAUGCAAAAUUUUUCUUAUAUUUUUUACAAAUUUAAAUUCUCGGCCAAUUUCUAACAUAGAAUUUUUAUUUUUUCACUAGUAACUUUAUUUAAGUCGUACGUAUUUAUGGUAAAAUUAGCCCUAAAAUCUGAGACGUGGCCCGCAACACAUGAUUGACAUUGACGUGGACCGACCCAUAAAUAAAAAGAUAUCGUUCAAAAAAGAGUGGUAACAGUCUUAAUAUUCCCUUUGACAAAUAAACUCCCUUGCUUUGUGCAGUUUAAAAUUCAAUAAGAUACGUAUUUAUAAAUUUUUCAACCUUGACCUUGAACCCAUAUCAUGAUUUCUAACAUUGUCCUUGGCAUGUUAACCUGCCUAACAAAUUGGUCGGGCCGACUGCAACUGUACUUGCUGAAUAAUUUCUUUCGUACGAGAUGUAAAGAAUUUUGGACGGAGUAUUUGAACAAGGUGGACAUCCAAGUUAAUGGCGAUAGACCUUGGGAUAUACAGAUUCAUCACGAAGACGUUUACACUCGUGCCCUGGAUGGUCUCGGGAUGGGAGAAACUUACAUGGAAGGACUGUGGGACUGUGCCGAUUUGGCUGGCCUAUUUACUCGGGCAUUGUCCGGGAAACAGUCGGAUAUUUUGAAACUUUGUCAAAACCCGAUCCUCCGAUUUAAAAACUUUGUAGAAUGUUCCCUGCUAAAUUUGCAAACGAAAGAAAGGGCCAAGGAUAAUGUAAAAGCACACUACGAUCUUGGUAACGACCUCUUCGAAGCCAUGCUAGAUUCCAGCAUGACUUAUUCCUGCGCCUACUGGAAAACAGCUGAUAACUUAGAAGACGCCCAAUUCGACAAGAUGGAGCUUAUCGCGAAAAAGCUCAACCUUCUCCCCGGUACGACCGUCCUGGAAAUCGGGUGCGGCUGGGGUGGGCUGGCCCGGCAUUUGGCCAAACACUAUGGCGUUUCAGUCACUGGAAUCACGGUAUCAAAGGAACAAGCCCUUUACGCAGAGAAACUUUGCACCGAUCUCCCGGUCAAAAUUGAGCUUCUCGACUAUCGCGACGUGGUCGGAACGUUUGACCGGAUCGUGUCCAUUGCUUGCUUGGAACAUAUCGGAUCUAGGAAUUACGAUACAUUUUUCGAUAAAGUGCACAAAUGCUUGAAAGAUGAUGGUCUAUUUCUCCUCCAUUCUGGGGGAAUUAAUCACCACGGGCUACCUCGGGCUGGACCUUGGAUAAGCAAGUACAUCUUCCCCGGAGGUCAGAUGCCGUAUUACAAGGAAAUUACGAAUGUUAUCGAGAAACGGUUUAUCAUCGAAGACUGGCAAAAUAUCGGGUUUGAUUAUUCAAAAACUUUGGCCGCUUGGUAUGCCAAUUUUAGCAAAAAUUGGGACAAACUUAGACCAAAAUAUGGCGACAAAUUUGAAAGGAUGUGGACCUAUUAUUUGCAAAUGUGCAACGGACUAUUUCAAGCCAGACUGAUUCAGGUGUGGCAAAUUGUCUUGAGCAAGAAUGGCGUCAAAGGGGGAUACUACGGGGGACGAUGAUGUUUCAUAUGAUGUGAGCAAAAACAGG